AUGGCAGCCAAAAUCAUCGUACUCGGGAGUAUCAUUGGCAAGUUAGAGGUCGCCUUUCAGAAGCUUGCCACUCUUCACCAGAAGCAGAACUUCUCCUUCGCUAUUGUCACUGGCGAUAUUUUUAGCGCCGAUCAAGAUGACGAUGUCAUUACGCGACUGCUUAAUGGCAAUAUUCAAGUACCGCUCUCCACCUAUUUUACCAUAGGCACUAUCCCAUUGCCUAAGCGCGUCGUCGAGCGUGUCGAGAAGGAUGAAGACAUUUGCGAGAAUUUACAUUUCCUUGGUAAGCGUAGCAUCACUAAAACAUCAGAUGGCAUCCGAAUUGUGGCAUUAGGCGGUGCCCUUGAUAAAACUAUCCUCGGCGGUCAAUCGAAAGAGCAACAUCUUCCUUUACAUACUGCAGAUGAUGCAAAGGCCUUACGCGGCGCAAAUAAUGCCGAUAUCUUACUUACCACAUGCUGGCCCUCUGGUGUAUGGGCAAAUUCUAGCAAGGCUCUUACAUCUGCACAGCAGGGCGCAAUCGUAAGCACUGAUGAGAUUGCCGAUUUAUGUGCUACGCUUAAACCACGCUAUCACCUGUCGACAUCACCUACCGACUUUUUCUAUGAACGUGAGCCCUUCUUUUACCCACCAAGUCCCCCCGACUCGGACCAAAAACACGUGACGCGAUUCAUCUCUCUCGCUGCUUUUGGCAAUGUUAGUAAGGCGAAAGCCAUGUACGCGUUCAAUCUCGUCCCCGGAGAGACACCGUCAUCCAUACCUCCUGGCAGUACCGUUUCUCCAUUCAUCUCAAAGGCCAAUCAAAGGAAACGGCCCCCUCCUACAGACGAACGUGCCAACCGUCACGGUCACCAAAAUGGUGGUCGUCGCGUUCGCCACAAGAGAGAUCGCUCACCUCCUCCAGGACCAGAUCGGUGUUUCUUCUGUCUUAGUAAUGCAAACAUAGACAUGCAUAUGAUUUGCUGUAUAGGUGAUGAAUCUUACAUCACUACAGCUAAAGGUCCCCUGCCCAGCGCCGACACUUUUGCCUCGUCGAACAUGUCUUUCCCAUGUCAUCAACUCAUUAUACCUCUUCCUCAUGAACCGACUAUUCGCUCCAUGGGCGAAGAUGCGAACAAGACGUAUCAAGAGAUGGCACGUUUUAAAGAGUCUCUCCAAAGUAUGGUUGCAACCCAAUCAAAUUUUCAGUUGGGCGCAGUCACGUUUGAGAUUAGUCGGCAGUCUGGUAUUCAUGUCCAUUGGCAAUUCAUCCCGGUCCCGUCGGAUAUAAUUCGAAAAGGUCUAGUGGAGGCUGGUUUUAAGGUGGAGGCAGAGAAUCAUCAAUACCCCCCUUUCGAAGAGUCGGCUUUAGAAUCUGGUCUGGAUGAGACUUCUGAUUUCUUUCGGCUCUGGAUAUGGUCCGAUGAUAGUGACGCCGGGAUCGUAAGCAAGGAAUUAGUGAUGCGCUUUGAUAGUAGCAUUCGCUUCGAUCUUCAGUUUGGCCGCCGAGUUCUAGCCAAACUACUCGGAAUAGAAGAGCGAUUGUAUUGGCAAGACGUUGUCCAACCUAUCGCGGAGGAGACUGAAGAUGUCGAGAAGUUUAAAAGUGCCUUCAAACCUUGGGAUUUUACCAUUGCAUAG